AGGAGCCUCUUCAGACAAGGCUUGCGUGAGUGAGUGCUCCUGUCCUUUACCCUCCCAUUUUACUACAUACCCGAAAUAAAAGGCGGCUGUUACCGGAUCGUUGGACUUACAGGCUACACGUGGUAGUUUGCAGGCAUAGCCAUGAAUCAUGGCCAUGUUGAAAGGUUAAGAGAGAAACUUUCAAACUUGGCUAUCUCAGAUUACCACGGUCUGCGCAGUCCGGGUCUUACAUGCUAUUUGAACAGCGUGCUUCAGGUGCUUUUUAUGACUGAGGAGUUCAGAGAGGCAAUAAAACGAUGCCACGAUGAAGAUUCAGCACCCAUCGACCCACUCCUGAGAAAACUGUUUGAUGACUUAGCAAAAAGUCGGGCUAAAACAGAUAAUAUUGUAAAAAAACUGGGUAUCACAGAUGCCUACAAGCAACGUGAUGCUGCUGAGUAUUUUGAAAAGAUCCUGCGUUUAAGUGGCACAGAAGCAUCCAAGAUAUUCAAGGGAGAGCUGAAUCACAAGACCACAUGUGUCAAGUGCAAGGACAGGAGCGAUUCCAGGACCCUUUUUUGGUUUCUGCCGCUUAUUGUGAAAGACUCACGUCAUCAAACAUACAGUGUGAAAAAUGGUUUGGCGGUGUUCUUUAAACAAGAAAAACUCUGCGGCAACAACAAGAUUUAUUGCAAACACUGCGACAAAAAGCAAGAUGCAGACAUUGACUGUGAGGUAACACUCGAGCCAAACAUCCUGACCCUCCUGCUGAAGAGAUUCUGUUUUGACUCCAAACGCAGGUGUUAUGUCAAACUUCUCUGCCAAGUGGACGUCCCCAAAACUUUGCACUUAGCAAGCUGCAGGUAUGACCUCUACGCUUUAGUCCACCACUCUGGUAAUCUCACAGGAGGUCAUUAUACGGCAGAAAUCAAAUCUUUUGAAAAUGGGGAGUGGUAUCACUUCAAUGAUGACAUUGUUGAGAGGGUCAAAAACCCUCUGUUUGGGGCUGGAAACAGUUCCUUGAAGUCCUCCUCAGCAUACCUUCUCAUGUACAGGAAAGUGAACACUGAAAAACCUGAUGAAGCUGACCAGGAAACCGCAUUCUGAUGCCAGUGCUGACAGAAGACAUGACGACGCAGAGAGAGGAGAAGUUCUUGUUCCUCAUCAUCAGCUGAAGGAUGAAAGUGGCAGCAGAGGGAAAAACCUAAAGAACUUAAAUGGUGAUAUGUUAAAGAAGAGAUGGUACAGUUCAGAAGAAACAGCCAGACGGGCCAAGAGCAGCUGCCUCAGAGAGACACUGAGGCAGAUGGAGACAGUUAUCUCCAAAUUCUUGUGCUAUCAAGGUGCUCAAUGCAGCAGAAACACAGGGUAGAGAAAGACAUUUCUCAGUCAAAUCAAAAAACUAUGUAAAAUGAAUAAAGAGAAAUGAAAAUAAAAUAAAGCUAUUUACACAGUCCAGACCCAUGGACAUCGGUGUGAUAAUUAACUUGUUUGGUGGUGAGUUGAAGAAUUGUUAUACAUGUCAGAUAAGUGUUAUACCUAACUGCGAAUGUACUUGGGUCAUAUUUGCAUUAUUGGUUUAUAACAGGUUGCAGGUCUUGCUU